AUGACAGCUUUAGAGGUUUCACUUAUUGACUUGCCACAGUGGGCAUGUGGUGAAAAGAAGAUUCGUUUUUUGUACCUUUCCAAUAACACAUCAUUUAAAGUCUCCAAACAAAGUAAUAGCGAGGAGCACACGGUUCCGCUCUUCCUUGGCGCUGAUAUCUUUGCAGAGACGGGCAUUCGCACUGAGAACCACCCGAGGUAUCAUGCAAAGUUUGCGAAAAAGGGUCUGGCAACGAAACUUGCGUUUUCAUCAGACAUCAGGUUUAACGGUCUUAGACUUCCAUGCUCCAGCAAUAGCUUGUGGUUCUACAGCAUUCAAGGUGUUUUCCGGGUGGCCUUUGAGCUGUACAAUCGACAGGACCAGCUCUCAGUGCUUGAAUCAUUACAGGACAUGUGGAGGUCGCGAAUCAACGAUGGCCCUCUAAACAUGAGCUAUAAUCUGAGUGUACAGGAUGACUGUGAUUCCAUCCAGGACCAUCAAAACCCUACAGUGGUUAAAAGCGGCUUGGUCACCGCUCAGAUACUCUCAGAUCCUUUGGGUGAUUUGCUGUCUGUAGACCAUGACUACUGCUCUGUAGCGGAACUGAAGAACUCCAUAGAAUCUUUUCAUUCAAAACCGCUGCUGCAGAGGCUCCACAGCUUUGGGGAAAAGGCAAAGUGUAUGACAAAUAACGGAACUGAAGAGCACAUACUGAAGGUGCUGGAGUAUGCUGAAUGCUGUGUUUACGGACAGCUGGAUGAGGAGGGGCUGAUGAAGGCUGUGAUGGCCAUGCUGCAGACUUAUUCUGAAGGCUUCUCUAUCUACUCCAGCCCCCUGCUCCAGGCAGUGGCCGGCUGGCUAGGCCAGCAGUUCCACGCAGCCAACGCUACCAUCAGCCACCAGGUGGAGGGCUUCAAGGUUCGGCACAUCGAACGCAUCACAGACCUGCCACCUGCAGAGGAGCUGGCAGCAGAAUUGUUCCCAGAGGCCAUGAGGACGUUGCUGGUGCAGUGGAUGGGCCUGAGUGAGGAGGAAGCUCUCUGGAAGAGGCACAGUGAAUACCCCAUUCUGUUACUCAUUCUGGAGUUCGCCAAUCACAAUCUCAUUACUGGGGUAGCCCAUGUACUGUACUCAAGUCUCAUAUGCAAAUAG